AUGUUUCCCGACUCUGAAAUAGCACAAUCCUUGCACAUGAAAAGAACAAAGUGCAGCGAAAUGUUUAAGCAAUUCGGUAAUAACAUUCAUGAUGAUGUUGUCUCACAGCUUAGGAAUAAUAAAUUUUCAUUAGUGAUAGACGAGACAACUGAUGGAAGUACCACCAAAUGUUUGUCAGUGCUUGUGAAAUAUUUUGACUCACAUGGAGGAACUAUUAAGACCAAGUUGCUAGAUUUGAUUAAUGUAUAUGAAAACCAUUCCUCAAAUGUUGGCUCCAGUGGAGAGUCAUUGUGUGAAAUGAUUAUGCACAUCUUAAACUCAAAAAACAUUCCAUUAAAUAAUUUGGUAGGUUUGGCAGCAGAUGGGGCCUCCAAUAUAAUGGGGGCAUACAACUCUCUGUCCAGCAGGUUGAGGCAACACCUUCCAGACCUAAAAGUUUUCAAGUGCAUUUGCCAUUCCAUACAUCUUUGUGCCUCAGAGGCUUCCAAAGUGCUUCCCAGGCAGUGCGAGGACUUGCUGAGGAACAUUUACACUCACUUUUCUCACAGUGCCAAACGUAAAUAUGAAGUUCUGCAAUUUCAGAAACUUUUCUCUCUAAAACCCCACAAACUUCUUCAUGUAUCACAGACGCGAUGGCUAAGUCUCCACCAAGCAGUAGAAAGGCUUUGGAGCAAUGGGAGGCUUUGA